AUGGCCUUGCGGACGCAGCACAGGAUGCAUGUCCUUGGACUUACCGCUGUGGAGUCAGAGGAUCACGCCAUCAUUAUGCGCGACUCCACGGUAGCGGCAUCCUCGCACGCCUGGGCGCUGCGGCAAGCCUUUCAAACCGGAGGGUACGACUUGGCUCUGUAUAUUCUCGGUACCUAUCCUUCCAUUUUGGAGUUCGCUGUGGAUGAGGUGUGGGGGGAGCUUCAGCUACCCCAUCUACUGGGCAGCCCAGCAGGAGCCUGGCGCGCUGAUCGUCUUGCUAAAUGCUGGUGUGUCUCCCAAUUUUGA